UUUUAGCAUGUUUGGAGGCCACUGUAAAAGGGGUGGCUUACAAGUCUUGUCGCGUUGAUAUUAAUCUUCAAAGGAAUAUAUAUUUUCAUUUUAUAUAAUACCAUGGGCGAGAAGCAAGUUAAAGUAAAUUUGUGGUGCGUGCCACGAUCGUUGUCCACAGUACUAACCAAAUGCCUGAGUGUCAUCGACGGGACGGAGGUCUAUUUCGAACUGUUUUCUCACGCCGAUGCGGCAUCUAAUAUGUUCGAGUCGGUAGUGGGUCGUAGGCUCCCAUCCCAAUUAGAAGGAAACGAGAAGGAUUACGACCAGAUGAGUGAGCUUUUCAAUGCAAUGUCAAUCGGCAGAAAAAUCAUCCAAAGGAGAGCAUCGUUCCUUGACAUCAAGCAAGACUUAGAGAAUGCGUCAAGCAAGUAUGUUUUCAAUAAAGAUAUGGCUUACAGCUUUGUUCAAGAAUAUCUUCCCCGAGGCUUCAGAUAUGUGUUUCUAACUCGGGAACCUUCGAGAGUUUUCGCAUCUUACCGGAAGAGCAUUCUGGCUGCGGCGCCAUCAAUUCCAGAAAGCCACCUCCCGGAGCACGCCACAGAUGAGCGCAUGUUCGACAUCAUUCGUGAUGAUGUCGCAUCGACACGCCCGAAGAGUUGGUACGAGAAGCAGCACGAACUUUGGAAAUACGUCAGAGAGCACAUCGAACCGAAUCCAAUCAUCAUUGACGCUUUCGACCUCGCCUCCGAACCUCGGAAAAUUUUGAGGGCCUUCUGUAAUGAUGUUGGAUUUCCAUACAGCGAUGACCUUCUACAAUGGACCCCCAGUCAAGAAUUCCCAAAUAACUUUGUAACACCAUUGGAGAAUAUGUCGCAAGCUGUGGGCAAGCAGCUCUAUGCCACAGCUUUAAACAGCACAAGUUUUGUGGCGCCACGUGAAUCUGGGCCCAUACCACGUGAUCAGCUCACAGAUGACGUCAUCCAAUGCGUUGACCACUCCAUGCCAUUCUAUCGUGAAAUGUAUAAAAAUAGAUUGCGGCCUUCUUAAAUAUAAUUAUGAUGAAUCUGAAACAAGUUUAUUGAUUGUGAUUAAAGAGGAAAAUAUUGGUUUAAUUUUAUUAAACGAAAUAUAAGGGGGUUUCAGGAGGGAUAAAUCCCUAAAAGAAAAGGAAAAGGAUCAACUUUUUAUUUCCUCGUCUCUUAUUUUUUCUUAAAUCAAUGUGGCCACACUGUGAAUAUUUCAUGUGAUUCAUUUGAGCCAAAUUCACUUUUUAAUUCUUCCCUUUUUCCCCUCCUUCACUUCCAAACAUCCCUUUCUGUCAUUUUAUUCGAGAUAUUGUUUUUCCAUGAAGUAGGUGAUAUGUCUCGUUUUGUAUUGCCCCCUGUUGUCUCUUUUAGUAACAAACUUUUCUUUUCCCAGUGCAUAUUAUGUAAAGAUAUUUUAGGACAAAAUAGAAACUAAACUACAUGAUUACUGACUAAGUUUUCAGUUGCAUACUCGCAUGGGUAGAGUUCUGUUAAAACUGAUAAAACUAUAAUAUGGCAUUACUAAAUAAACUAACGUCAUUAAAAAAAUAUCAUACCAAAUAUUUGACUAAUUCUUGUAAUGUAUGGAAAAUUGAAAAUUCGAUGCUCUUAUUCAUUGUAGGUAGAACGUGGCAGAUCAAAGUGGACAAAAUAAUGCUAGUGUGAAUUUUAUGAAUGAAUCGAAUAAAUUCAUUUGGCUGAGCUUAUAAUUAGACUACAGAUCAUGCAUCAUCUUCACAAAUUAUAGUAAAAUGACUUUUCCGAU